AUGCAGUUGAUUUUCACAGGCCCUGAAGACAACCCUCCUGCCAGAGCCGUCCUGCGCUUGCAGCGUUGUCUGCGGCACUUGCGACGUUGCUACCUGCAGCCGAGGGCUGCGAAGCGGGUGCUGGAGAGGAAGGGGGCAGAGCCGGCACGAGCUGCUGCCCAUCCUGUGCCUGCACGCCUCAGCUGCAGGGAGGCCCGGCUUUUGUGCCACCCCUUUCCAGACCCCUCCCCUGAUGCCCUAGCCUAUGAGCUCCACGGGGGCGAGAAGCGUCUGCCCUCAGCCCCUUCUACAGUGGCUGGCACAGUUAGCAGGAUGCAUGAGGGCUCGUGGCUCAUUUGUGCAUCCUCUGCAGCCAGCAGUGUGCGGGCCUCGCAAAUCACACUGUGGAUAGACGAAAUGAAUUACCAGGAAAUUGGAAACCACACCAAAGUGACCGAAUUCUUUCUCGUGGGAAUGUCCAAGGACCCCACAUCCCAGAGUGUUCUUUUCUGGGCACUAAUGUUUCUCUACAUACUAACUUUGGCAGGAAACAGCAUGAUCGUUUUCCUGGUGGGAGUCAGUUCUCAGCUUCACACCCCAAUGUAUUUCUUCCUUGGUAACUUGUCUUUACUGGGUCUCCUGUUCUCCACAAGUGCUGUACCUCUGAUCAUGGCGAACUCCCUGCAGAACUAUCCCACCAUCUCCUACAGCUCCUGUUUUGCCCAGCUUGCCAUCUGAGCCUUCUUGGCACUGGCUGACUGUUUCCUUCUGGCCAUUAUGGCUUACGACCGAUUCGUGGCUAUCUCAAAUCCACUCAGGUACAACUUGGUCAUGUCUUCUCGAGAAUGCACUUUAAUGGCUUUGGCUGUGUGGGUGACAGCCUUCCUGCUCACUGUCGUUCCCAUUCUGCUCUUCCCCAUCAGUUUCUGUGGGCAUAAUGCAGUCAAUCACUUCUCCUGUGAAGUCCAAGCCAUCUUCAAAUUGCUCUGUUCUAACACCAUUUCCCUAGAGGUUAUGAUGAUGGUAUGUGCUGUCAUUUCAAUGCCAGUACCUUUAACUUUCAUCCUUAUCUCUUACCUUUGUAUCCUCAGGGCUGUCUUAAGAAUCCAUCCAACUGAGGCUAGGCUUAAGGCCUUUUCCACAUGUGGUUCUCACCUGGUCGUGGUCACCAUCUACUUUGGGACACUAAUAUAUAUUUAUAUGAGACCACAGGCCAAAAAGUCCCAAGAUGAGGACCAAAUUGUCUCUAUAUUUUAUGCAGCAGUGACACCAAUGCUAAAUCCCCUCAUCUACACCCUGAGAAAUAAGGAUGUAAAAGCUGCUCUCAGGAGAGUAACUUGUGGGGCCAAGUCCUCAUGCUUCAAGCACACGACAGCCCGCUGGGAGAUAGGACAGCACAAAUGA